AUUGAGAAUAAUAUCGGUACUUCCUGGACAACAGCAUGACCGUGCAGUGUAGUCAGGAGGACUCCCCAGCAGCAGCAGACACAACCAUGAGUGGCAGUGGUGGUACUGAGCAGAUAAAUACCACAUAGGUGAGGGGACAGACUUCCACAACAUCCUGGACAUGGGGACAGAGAGUGAGAGCAUGCUGCAGCUCGCAGCGGAGGCUUUCCAGUCUAAAAACUUCGACCUGGCAGCGGAUAUCUACGAGUGCCAGCUAGCGGGUCUCGGAGAUCCAGGGAGCCGGCAGGAGCUGAUGGUAAGGCGGGCUGACGCGCUCGCCUUUGGGGGCAAAUUCACAGAAGCUUUCGAUGUGUACCGACAAGCCUCUGAGAUAGAGAGACUGGGACCUGUUCACCUGGCCAACCUCGUAGAGUACCUCUCGGGUAGUAUCAGGAGGCAAGACAGGGGCGACAGUCAAACCCCGAGGAGGCAGGAGGUGUUGGCGGCGGUGGCAGCUGGGUGCCCGGCACUUGCUGCCACAGGUUUGGGGUACGAAGACUUCUCCUGCCGGAUUUGCCUGAGCUUUCUGUUCGAGCCCGUGACUCUGCCGUGCGGACACUGCUUCUGUAAAAAGUGUCUGGAGAGGGAGAGGAAGGAGAGGGAGCGGCCGGUGAUUUGCAAGGAGUGCAGGGACAGCUCCAGAGUAGCCGACGUCCAGACUUACAGGGUUAAUGUGGUUCUCAGCAACCUGCUGGCCAAGUGGUUCCCGGUCCCGCACCAGGCCGGCCGGCUGAGGAGGGAGGGCAACGGGCUGUACGCGGAGAGGAAGAUGGAAGCAGCGCUGGAGAAAUAUAACCAAGCCAUACUGAUAGCACCCACGGACCACAUACUGUUCAGCAAUCGCUCCCAGAUCCACUCCAGUCUGAAACACUAUGAAAAGGCUCUGAGUGACGCUGAGAUGGCCUGCAGACUGAUGCCUCACUGGUCUAAGGGCCACGUUCGUAAGGCCCAGGCCCUGGUGUCGUUGGGCAGGACAGAGGAAGCUCUGAGAGAGUAUCUGGUCUGUCUGUCCAUAGAGCCUGACUGUAGGCUGGCCAAGACUGAGGCUCACAAGCUCCUCAGUGAUCUCCUGGCUCCAGUUACAGACCAGGUUCCUGAACACAUCUCAGACUACUCCAAUAUACUGUCUUUGAGAGCACACAUCAAAAACAGCAUUAACACUCCCCUCGAGACCCUUAGUCCCAUCUCAUUGUCAUCAGAGUCCAGUCUUGCCUUUACUCCUCCUGCACCUGAGUGGCCAGAGGGCAGUGAGGUCAAAGGUGAGGGAAAGCUUGCGGUUGGAAGGCUGGACCACUGUUGCCUCCUCAAACGGAAACGGACGAGUGUGGUGGAGGAAGGAGGACACGAGAGGAGCGGCGAUCGCAAGAGAGCCAAGCCUGAGCCAGCAGGGGUGACUGAAACACUGAGUUCUGUGGUUGGUGACGUCAUGGACCCGACCGAUCUGGAGUGUUCUCUUUGUAUGAGACUUUUCUAUGAGCCAGUGACGACGCCAUGCGGUCACACUUUCUGUCUUCGGUGUCUGGAGAGAUGUCUGGACCACAACCCAAAGUGUCCACUCUGUAAAGAGGAGCUGUCUGAGUAUCUGGUCCAGAGGCAGUACUGUAAGACGGUAAUAAUGGAGAACCUGAUAUCUAAGUAUCUUCCCUCUGAGCUCAUUGAAAGGCAGAAGAUCCACCAGGAUGAGAUGGCUGAGCUCUCCAAUCUUAACAAGAAUGUGCCUAUAUUUGUGUGCACCAUGGCCUUCCCCACUGUGCCGUGCCCCCUCCAUAUCUUCGAGCCCUGCUACAGACUAAUGAUUCGCCGAUGCAUGGAGACGGGAACCAACUGUUUUGGCAUGUGUCUGGGAGACGACCUCAAAGGGUUUGCAGACUACGGGUGCCUGUUGGAAAUCCGCGAUGUGAAGUUCUUCUCUGACGGCCGUUCGGUUGUGGACACCAUCGGCAGACGGCGGUUUAAAGUCAUUCAGCACAGAGAGAGGGACGGAUACAACACAGCUGAUAUAGAGUACCUGGAGGAUGUUAAGGUGGAGGGCGUGGCACAGCUUGAGUUGCAGUCUCUGCACGAUACAGUGUACGACCAGGCCCUGGUGUGGGUAAACUCUCUGAAGACUGAGCAGAAGGAACGCAUUGAAGGACACUUUGGACCCAUGCCUGGGAAAGACUCUGUACUUCAGACCAGUCCUAAUGGUCCCUCAUGGUGUUGGUGGUUACUAGCUGUUCUUCCGUUAGAAGGCCGAGCCCAGCUGCCGUUCCUGGCCCUCACUUCUCUGAAAGACCGUCUCAGCGGCAUCCGCAAGGUUUUGCUCUUCAUGGCCCACAGCAGGCACCGGUGACAUGCUCUGGACACCUGGUAUAUGCAGUACCCACCUGCCCCGCACACACCCUCCUCCAAAGCAGCAGUUGACCUGUUGCUCUUCCUUUUGAUGCACAAAGAACUGAUGAUGAUGUUGAUGCACCUUCCCUCUUGUAGCACCGUCCCAUUCAGAAAGCAGCGCCGGACUCCAUCUGCACAUCAACAAACUUCAAGCAGCAACGAAGAUUAUAAAGUUCUGAAUGAAUAGAUAUCUUUCAUGAGUAAUGUUCUCGUCACACCGUACAGAAAACUAAGCUACGUUCAGACAGAAGGGAAGUCUGAUUUCUUAAGAUGACUGUCAUUACAAUUCACAAGUGACUACAAUUGGGUUGAAACUGAAUGUUCAACUUCCGUUACUAAAUUGGAUGUCACUGUAACAAUGCUAAUGCGCACAUGCUAAGUUUAUGUUUUUGUCAGCAGCAAGCUGUUGUGCCGAAUUGUCUUCAUUUGUCCAGGUCCCACUGUUGCCUUUUUGGCCCUCCUCCAUGUUUGUAGUUCUAUACUCUUCCUCUUGCAUACAUGUUGCAUGUGGAAUGAGAUGCUUUUUUUUUUUGACAAAAAACAAACAGACUUUGCAGUCUGAUAUGGGUGAUCGCUCCAAAAAGACUGAGCUGCCUGUCUGAACAUAGCUUUAAUGCAAAGACAAAGCAAAGUCCCCAGAUCAGAAUCAUACAAGUCCAUCUACUGCAAAUGGCAACUGGCAUUAAUUCAACCAAUCAGUUUCCCCAUACUGUAUGUCUUUAAAUGUACAUAUACAUAGACCAAACAAUGACUUUUUGUGUAAAUGCACUCACUACAGCUGGGUGAAUAAUGAUGAUAAUACUGAUUAGGUGUGAUUAAUUGCAGUGAUUGAAACUUUCAUCUUGGAAAUGUACUCAUCUGCUGAUUUAAAAUAUCUCUAAAGAGUAUACCCAUUACUAAGCGUAGAUAGAUACAGAUAAACCUAUAUAUUUACUCUUUGGCCACCUUUACAUAACUUUUAACAAUAAUUAUUUUUAUGAGCGAUUCUGUCUUCCUUCCUUCCUCGCUUCCUUUCAUUCUGUCCCAGUUCUGUCUGGCCCCACAUCCUGCAGCUGAAUAACAACAGACUGAACCUUUACAUUGUCCUGCUUUAAGGCUUUUGUUGUUUUAUUCAUCCAUUGUUAAUUUGAUCGAUUUUGUUUUUCGUUAUUUAUUUUGUCAUUAUUUAUGCAUGCAGUGACAUUGUUUACAUUUCACAGAAAGAGAUGCUGAGCUGCUCACUUUCCAAAGGCUUUUUUUAAACAUUUGACCCCAAACAUCAGUGAUAAUGGUAUGGGUAUUAUUACUGUAAAGAAAACACAAUCAGGAGGGGGGGUAACAUCUUGGAGUCAACAUGGCUGCCACUGAAAACUGCCCAGGACAAACUCUGACAACUCCACUUGAGCACAGAUUCUCUCUGAGACCAACUAUCUUUAGAUCACUGGUGACCCAAAUCUGUUUCAUAUUUUUAUUGGCUGGUCACAGUCCAUGCUAUGUUGACUUAAAACAUAUUUGGAUUCCCUUGCUGUCAAUAGCAGAGAUAUAACGCUCACAGGCAUGAGGAGAGCCUGUCAGUAAUGCAGAAAUCAGUGGAAUUAUUCUUAACAACACCUGGAAUUAAUCAUGUCCUUCGUGUAUUUAUUCAGUAUUUAUUCUGACUUAUUUUGCACUUCCACUUUAAGUAAGAGAAAGGAGCCUCAGGAUAUGUCCACUAUUAAUAUUUUGGAUUACCACAGAAGAAAAAUAAAUCUUCUGGUGGUUAAAUUGUUCCCUACGUUUAAGCCUAUUUACAUCUCCUAGCACACAACUGCAAAACAUCUCCACUCAUAUGAGUUUGAAGCUACGAGUAAAGGCUAGUGCCUUCUAAUCAUCACACCAAUAACAUGGUGUAGAACAUUUUUACAUGUGAAGUAGUACAUACCAGGUUCAUUUUAAGGUUUUCAUUUUUCAUAAUUUUUCUCCUUUCUGGACAUUUGCCCAUUCAAAACAUGAUUUUCACAGAAAUUAAAUAUGUAUAAAUGUGAAUAAAACACGAGAAACACAUUUUGAAAAGACCCACAAACGUAUUUCUGAGAAAAAUGUGUUGUUUGAAAAACAUCGAGGCCUUGCUGAUGCUGUCCAUGACAUGACUGUUUCUACAUGGCAAAAGCUCAUCUCUGGAAAACACAAGAGAUUGUUGAGCUUCGCCUUCGAAAUCUUUUAUUUUAUGUACAUGUGUUUGAUUUUACAUGUUUCUACGUCAAUCGGGUUCUUUGUAUUUUAUAAUUUUCCUCGCUCACCGGUGUGUUUGUCUAUACCAUUGUUUAUUUCAUGUCUAAUAGCACAGGGAGUGUCCUGUCAAAUCAUCCACAUUUAUUAUUUUGUAUUGAAAGGGCCAAAGCCAUGUGAUGCUGUAAAGUGGAGAACCUGAUAAAGUGUAAAACCACAAUCCUUUGAAAUUUUCCUAUUAAUAAUAUUGGAUUAAUGCAUUAUUUCGUUUUUUUUUUACCACAACUGUUAAAUUCUAUUGGAAGAUGCUUGUCUUAAAGAGGCAAUUGUACAAACAAAAAUCUCUCCACCAUAUAUAAAAUCAUUGACCCAGCAAUUUUUACUGAUACCUGGUAACUAGAAACUACUAAGAAUCUCUGAUGAGUUAGCUCGAACUGGGCUGAGGUAAAGGGAAAGUCCACCUAAAAUGAAAUCAUAUAGGCUUCCCAUUAUUUUUGUGAACAUGAGUAAAAGUUCUAAACAAAGCUCGAUUAACAAGUUCAUCAUUGACAGUAAAGCCUCUUGAUGUUUCGUCUGUGGAGACCGUCACAUUUUUUCAUUCCUAAUUUAGGCUUUUGAGUUCCCAUCAAACUUUGUUUUAAAACUGAUAGCUGUGAAUUAUAGUUCAUCUGUGACAGCAGUUCCAGUGCCUUAAGUUGGACUUCUUCCUUUUUCACUUUGAUGUAUAAAUUGCAAUGGCAACUUUGGUAAUGUUUUGUGCAACAACCUGGGGUUCCCUAAAUAAGAUCUUAAAAUAAUCCCAAUUUUUUUGUCCCAUUUCUUUGAAACAGAUCCCACCCUGACCAACUGUCCUGGAUAAGUGAUAUUAUCCAAGACAGUUUUUAGUAUCAAAUGCUCGCCCCCUGACAGCAGCAGUGGCCAGUUUCAUCCACUGUAACUGACAGUAUUUGAUCUUGUUCCAAUAGUACAGACAGAUAUGAAAGGGGUAUCAAUCUUCUUAACUAACUCUCGGCAAUAACGCCAGUAAGCCUAUUUCCCAAAAUAUCAAACUAUGCUUUAAUUAGACUGGAUGUGUAGGAUUUCUUGGAAGCAGAUUACGUAACGGAUGGUUAAAAGUAACUGGAGUCAGGUUUAUAAUAAUGCAAGUCCGUUCUCUCAGCACAAACAACUCCACCAUAGUCCAGGUUCUCAAAGACAUUGUGGGAUUGAAUUGACUUUUUCCCCACACUGAAGAACAACCCACUUAGCUUCAUCCCCUGCAGUCCUGGUUGAACCAUAUUAAUAACAGAUGUUUAAAAAAUAUAUGGAAAUAGAUGAAUAUUUUUAUCACUGAUGAGAUUCUAUAUGCUUGGAUUAUCGCAGAGAUGAUUUCAGCAGGUGUUAAUUAGGAAACUGCACAGGUUGUAAGCUGUGACCCAGUUGGGACAUGAACACAGUGGCAUUUAUCUUGGCGUCAGGGUGGGCUUUAUGCUGCUGUUGCUGCUUGAUGGUAUCAUUGUGGAAUUUUUGUAGCACUCAUUACAACUUUGAUCAUGCUGACUACCUGGCGCUGACACCAGUCUUUCCUCUGUGCUUUUUAGCGUUGGGUUAACAGAGCAUCCAAGAGUUGCCCACCAACACACUUCCUGUAAGCUGUAGGAUUGUGCACGGAAACUGCUUGUUCACUGACAAAUAACGAUACAGAUGUAGAAGAAGUUGGAUCUUUUUCGUCUUUUGUUUUCCAGCUAUGCAAAAACAGUAGGAUGUUGGGUUAUUGCCCAUCGAUACCUUCACCUUUCAGAAUUCAAACGUUGACCUUUUGAAGAAGUGUAACUACCUCUGGCAUCCUCCUACAGCACUUCCACAGAGAGAGAGAGGGGAAAAUAUAUGCUUCCUAAUAUUGUUGUUUUUCUGUCAUUGUUGUUUAAUCUAUGUUGAAAAUGUAAAUUGAGAGUCUAAACAAAUAUUGAAUAUCAGUGUCCUGUCAGGUACUUCUGUUCAGAUUUGUGCCCAUGUUAACAAUGCACCAUCUUCAUCAGCACUUCACACCUGUGAGAGAUUAUAUCACUACUAAAACUGCAAAGCUGUGAAGUCAAAGGUUUCUGUGUAAUGUAUUUGAUACUGAUCCCAAAUAUUUGAACUAUUAAGGAGCACUUGAUUUAUCUUUCCUGGCAAAUUGAACAGCUUCUUGGAAACAAAGUAUAUGACCUCUUGUAUGUCCUCUUCUGUUGAAGUGAGUUGACUAAAACACAUCUAACAUGACUUUCUUGCUUUGCUAACUAUUUGGCCUCUAAAAAUCUUCACAGAAAGCUUUGCUGAGCCUCUCAUGUUUUCAAAUAUUUGCAAUGACUUCAGUUACUGCAUUGCCUGCUUCUUUCAAAGGUUGUUAAUCUCCUGUAGAACUCCAUGGCCUCUAAAUGUGUCCGGGUGAAUUUGCACAAAAUGAAUGUAUGUAUGUCUUGACAUCUCUCUUGAUGUUUUCUUGCUGUUUUUGAUAGUAAAACUUUAGUAUGCAUUGCAUUUGCAAAAGUACAGUCUGAAGCUUGUGAAUAAACCCAAAGGUUUGUGUUCUUGAUCCUGCAUGGGAGUCUGAACACACAGGACUGGAUGAGA